AUGUACACACUCUCAGGUGCCCCCCGGAACCCGCCCGGGGCUCUCACCAUCCCCGCGCGGCGAGGCUGCCUCGACUACGCGGGGCUCCCCCACUCGCUCCUCUACAGCCUCCCCUUCCGGGGUCCUGAGAGGGGGGCACAAGGCCUGGAGACGGAGCGGGCAUUUGAGUGUGAGGCUGGGUCGAGUUUUGGGGCGUCCCCUCUAAAGUCGGGCCUGUGGAAGGCGCUGUUUAGAGGAGCUCUUGGCAAUCUGGGGUCUCUUGGAGUUUGUGUGUGGAGGAAUGAGAAGAAAAACCACACCAGCAAACUUCGAGAGCUGGCACUGCUGCUCCCCAUUUCUCAGAAGAGUGGAACCAAGAAGCACACUAAGAAGGAGAUCCUUUUGCAUGUUCUGAAUUAUAUCCGGUACCUUCAGAGCAGUAUCAAUGUGGUCCAGACCCUGAUCGGAUGCCACAUCAGCAGCAGGGGAGUAGGGGCUGCAGAGCCCACCUGGGAGCCCACCACACCUGGAAGGCAGGAGAAUGUUCUGGACCAGGAGAGAAAGUCAGACACCGUGUCCUUCAUCCUCCCACCAGCGCUUGAACAGCAGGAUGGACCCCAGAUGCUCCGCCGCUCUCUGGAUCUGCAUAAGCCUGAGGAAGGGGAGACCACAUUUCCAGACCAGAGAGAAGAAAACUUGGGGGUAACCACCACCCCUCCAAAAUGCCUUGACCUCUGCAAUCCCCUCCCGGCUGCACUAUCCUCGCUCCAGGAUGGUGGUGAAGAAGGGAUAUUCCAGCUGGUAGUGCAGGACCUGGCUGAGAACAUCGACUCCUAUGACUUCACAAACUUGUGUGCUAUUGACAAUGCCAAAGAUCAUGAGCCCAAGGCUGAUGAAGAGGCCCAGCGAGCAGUGGAAACAGCCUUUCUCUUCAACAAGGUGCACAUCUCUCCCAGGCAGAUGCUGAUCUCCAGCGAGGAGCUGGACAAGGAAAUCCUAGGUGCUAACAUUUGGCUUCCUGCCUGGGAGACAAAGGACGACCCCUCGGAGACCCCACUGGUCUUGGAGCUUCCCCAGAGCAAUACCUGGGGUGCGACAGGCUAUGCAAGCGACAGUUUAGCACUCAGCCCUUUGUUCUUCAGCUCCCCGAGCAAAGUCCUGCCAGAGCCCAUCCUGCAGGAUGACACCUUCUACCUGACCGAGGGUCUCCUGGAAGACGCUUUCUUGCAGUUGGAGUCCCUGCCUUCUCCCUGCUCACCCAAGGCUCCCCUAGGGAAGGAUGGCCCAUCCUGGGCCCCCCAGGAGUUUCCUGGUUCCUCCAGCCAGAGCUGGCCCUGCACCCCCCCAGACCAAUGCUACCUCUCACUGAGUGACAGCAGCGAGACGUCGUCCGGAUCUACUUCUGAGGACACGGCCACGGAUACGGAAUCCAUGUGGGAGCAGGAAGAGGACUUGCAGGCCGACCCCGAGGGCAUGCAGUCCUCCAGUAACGAGGAUGACUGCGCCUGGACCCCUUCCAGGCAGGCCUUGAACCCUCCCUGGGGCAGGAGGACGGCCAAGAAGAACCGGGCCCACAGGGUCCCCGGGAGACCCAAAGAGAACAAGAAAGCGCCCUGCCCAGCCCAGGCGAAGAAAAAGUGUGUCAACGGCUUCAUCAUGUUCUGCAGGAUGAACCGGAAGCAGUAUAUCCGAGCCUGCCCUGGAACCGCGUCCACCGCCGCCACCAAGGAGCUGGCCCAGCUGUGGCGCAUGAUGUCCCUGAAAGAGCGUAGGCCAUACUGCACCAAGGCACGCAGGUUCAGCCGGCAGCACAACCGCGUGGUGAAGCAGGAGAACUCCAGCAGCGAGGACGACGAGGACUGGGAGAUGCCCAAGCCCUUCUACCAGCUGCUGGCCCAGCGUGCAUGCGUGCCCCCGGAGCCCACCUCACCACCCAAGCCUGGCCACCAGUGA